CCUUUUAAACGCACUUGCAAAUUGCGGUCAUUGCCGAAGCAAGAAGACUUGCUCACAACGCCUUCUCUUGGCGGUCUCUGUUUCGUCUGAAGAUAAAAAAAAAAAGCACAAAAAUGGCGGAAUCAUCGUCGUCAGGUCAGGUUCCUAUGGUCACUGAGAAAUCGGAUGCAGAUAUGGAAGAAAUGCUGGAUCGGAUGCUGACUCGAUUGGCACUCUGUGACGAUUCCAAGCUCCAGACUUUGCUCUCCAAGCUUCUUCCCAUCUCCAUCUCUUCUCUCUCUUCUAACUCCUCUGCAGUCAGAAAGAAGGUUAUAGAGAUCCUGAGUCAUGUGAACAAGAGAGUGAAACACCAGCCAGAGAUUGGUUUGCCAUUGUCAGAGUUAUGGAAGUUGUACACGGAAGCUCAUUCUGCUCCAAUGGUUAAGAAUUUUUGCAUUGUGUACAUUGAGAUGGCAUUUGAACGCUUAAGUGUAAAGGAAAAGGAAACUAUGGCUCCUAUUCUUGUAGUUAACAUUUCAAAGCUUCCUCCUCAACACCAAGAGAUAAUCUUGAGAAUCACUGUAAAGGUGAUUGGCGAUUGUCAUUCAACUCGAAUUGCUGAUGAACUUGCUGCAAAAUAUGGAGUAAUUUGUGGCUCUCCGGACAGUGAGAUAUUUCUUGAAUUUUGCCUCCAUACUGUUUUAUAUCAACCACCAUCUCAAGGUGGAGGAUGCCCACCUGGGCUUUCUGUUGCUCAACGCGACCGUGUAAGCGGGAAGCAACCGUUGAAAAGUGAUGUACUUCUAAUUAGAAAGUUAGGGAUCUUGAAUGUUAUUGAAGCUAUGGAGCUGGCACCUGAAGUUGUGUAUCCCCUCUAUAUUGCUGCUUGCACAGACUGUCAAGAGGCUGUUGUUAAGAGAGGAGAGGAGCUUCUAAAGAAGAAGGCUUCUGGUGUAAAUUUAGAUGAUGCAAACCUGAUAAGUAGACUCUUUUUACUGUUUAAUGGUAAUACCGAAGCUGAACGUAUUGCUCCAGAAUCUAGAGUCAUUCCAGGCAAUCCUGCUCUGAGGGCAAGGCUGAUGUCUAUUUUCUGUCGAUCAAUUACAGCAGCAAAUAGUUUCCCAUCAACUUUACAGUGUAUUUUUGGAUGCAUAUAUGGUAAGCAGCAUAAGUCCGUCCUAAUCCCCAUCUAUUUCAUUGGUAUACAAUGUUUGAAUUUGUUCAAAUUUUGGCAUGUGAUAGGAAGUGGUACCACCUCAAGGUUGAGGCAGAUGGGAAUGGAGUUCACUGUCUGGGUGUUCAAGCAUGCAAAAAUGGAUCAGCUGAAACUUAUGGGCCCUCUUAUACUGACUGGAAUUCUGAAGUCUCUUGAUCAUUAUUCAACUUCAGAAUCAGAUGCUAUUGCUAGAGACACCAAAAGUUUUGCGUAUCAAGCUAUUGGAAUGCUUUCACAGCGCAUGCCUCAACUUUUCAGGGAUAAGAUUGACAUUGCUGUUCGGCUUUUUGAUGCUCUGAGGUCAGAGGCUCAGUUUCUUCGUCUCAUUAUCCAAGACUCGACCAACUCCCUUGCUGUUGCAUACAGGGAUGCACCCACAACUGUCUUAAAGGAUUUGGAGGCACUUCUGCUGAUAAAUUCUCAACUGGAACAAAGUGAAGUACGUUUUUGUGCUGUGAGAUGGGCUACAUCCUUAUUUGAGUUGCAACAUUGUCCAAGCCGAUUUAUUUGUAUGCUUGGGGCUGCAGAUACUAAGUUGGAUAUUAGGGAAAUGGCACCUGAAGGUUUGUUUCCUGGUGAAGGUCAAAGGGGAGCUGUUGGUGACUAUAACAAUCUUAAAUACCCAAAACUUGGAGAUAUGCUAGAUUAUAUUCUUAAACAGCAGCCAGCAUUACUAGAGGCCACAGAAAUGAGGGAGGCAAAGCUUCUUUUCCCUUCAAAAACAUAUGUGGCUAUGAUCAAAUUUCUGUUGAAAUGCUUUGAGGCAGAUGCAGAACAAUACAGGACAGUAGAAAGAAUUCUGGAGUAUUGGCCUUCAGUGGAGAAUAUGUGUUUGCUACUGGAACAUGCUAUGGCAUAUGAAGGCUCUGUUGAGUUGCAUUCAAAUGCCUCCAAGGCACUAAUCACAAUUGGAACUUAUUUUCAAGAGAUGAUAGCAUCACGCUAUGCCAUGAAAAUUUCGUGGUUAAAGCAAUUUUUGGGUCACAUGGAUUUCGAUACCCGUGAAGCUAUAGCACGUUUACUUGGAAUUGCUUCCCAUGCUCUUCCGGUGUCCGCGCUGCCUGAUGUUAUUAGCGAACUAAUUUCUUCAGUUUCUGCAGUACAUAAGUUAAGGUUUGAAACACAGCAUGGGGUGUUGUGUGCAUUAGGAUAUGUUACUGCUGAUUGCAUGACAAGGACGCCUACUGUCUCAGAAUCAUUGCUCCAGGCUACAGCAAAAUACCUGGUUGAUAUCGUUAACUCUGAGACUGCUACAAUGGCUUCUGUUGCAAUGGAAGCUCUAGGUCAUAUUGGACUACGGGUCCC